CUCGGAUCCCUUUGCCAGUAUCCAUCGCCGGCCAAGGCCGAUCUCUGGAUCUGUUGUCUUCCCAACACGAUCGGGUUCCGAAUCUUGAUCUUCCGCGAUGGCAUACGGCGAUCGCAUGACCACGUUCGAGGAUUCGGAGAAGGAGAGCGAGUACGGAUACGUCCGCAAGGUUUCUGGGCCAGUUGUUGUGGCUGAUGGUAUGGGAGGUGCUGCCAUGUAUGAACUUGUUCGUGUUGGCUAUGAUAAGCUGAUUGGUGAGAUUAUUCGUUUGGAGGGUGAUUCAGCUACCAUCCAGGUUUAUGAAGAAACUGCUGGUUUAAUGGUCAAUGACCCUGUUUUAAGAACUCGAAAGCCUCUCUCAGUCGAGUUGGGACCUGGAAUUUUAGGCAACAUUUUUGAUGGAAUUCAGCGGCCUUUGAAGACUAUUGCUCUAAAAUCUGGUGAUGUCUACAUCCCUCGUGGUGUUUCUGUUCCUGCCUUGGACAAAGAUAUAUUAUGGGAAUUUGAGCCUGGAAAAUUAGCUGUUGGAGAUCUUCUGACUGGUGGAGAUUUAUAUGCAAUUGUCUUUGAGAACACACUAAUGAAGCACCAUGUUGCUCUUCCUCCUGGUUCCAUGGGAAAAAUCAGUUACAUUGCCCCUGCUGGUCAAUACAACCUGAAUGACACUGUAUUGGAGCUGGAGUUUCAAAAUGUUAAAAAGCAGUUCAGCAUGCUUCAGACAUGGCCAGUACGUACUCCAAGACCAGUUGCAGCAAAGCUUGCUGCUGAUACACCUCUAUUGACAGGACAGCGUGUACUUGAUGCUCUCUUUCCUUCUGUUCUUGGAGGCACUUGUGCUAUUCCUGGAGCCUUUGGUUGUGGAAAAACAGUCAUCAGUCAGGCGCUUUCAAAGUACUCUAAUUCUGACACAGUGGUUUAUGUUGGCUGUGGGGAGAGAGGGAACGAAAUGGCGGAGGUGCUUAUGGAUUUUCCACAAUUGACAAUGACCUUACCUGAUGGUCGUGAAGAAUCUGUCAUGAAAAGAACAACACUUGUGGCAAACACUUCCAACAUGCCUGUGGCUGCCCGUGAGGCCUCCAUCUAUACAGGCAUCACAAUAGCUGAAUAUUUCCGAGACAUGGGCUACAAUGUUAGUAUGAUGGCUGACUCGACCUCCCGGUGGGCAGAAGCCUUGCGUGAGAUUUCAGGCCGACUGGCUGAAAUGCCAGCAGAUAGUGGUUAUCCUGCUUAUCUUGCAGCACGUUUAGCUUCCUUCUAUGAACGUGCUGGUAAGGUGAAAUGUCUGGGUGGGCCAGACCGAACUGGCAGUGUCACAAUUGUUGGUGCUGUUUCCCCUCCAGGUGGUGAUUUUUCCGAUCCUGUUACUUCUGCAACCCUGGGUAUUGUUCAGGUCUUUUGGGGACUGGAUAAGAAGCUUGCUCAAAGGAAGCAUUUUCCAUCAGUGAAUUGGCUUAUUUCAUAUUCCAAGUACUCAAAGGCCUUGGAAUCUUUCUAUGAGAAAUUUGAUCCAGAUUUUAUUGACAUUAGAACAAAGGCACGUGAGGUACUACAAAGAGAAGAUGAUCUGAAUGAAAUUGUGCAGCUUGUUGGUAAAGAUGCAUUAGCAGAAACAGACAAGAUUACUCUAGAGACUGCAAAGCUUCUGCGGGAAGAUUAUCUUGCACAGAAUGCAUUUACUCCAUAUGAUAAGUUCUGCCCAUUCUACAAGUCUGUUUGGAUGAUGCGUAACAUUAUACACUUCAAUACUUUGGCAAAUCAGGCUGUGGAGCGAGGGGCAGGUUCAGAUGGCCAGAAGAUUACUUACAGUGUCAUUAAGCAUCGACUGGGUGACCUUUUCUACCGUCUAGUGUCCCAAAAAUUUGAAGAUCCUGCAGAAGGCGAGGAAGCUCUUGUCGCAAAAUUCCAGAAACUAUACGAUGACCUCACUGCUGGGUUCAGGAACCUUGAAGAUGAAGUACGUUAAGACCUGCAAAACCACAAGGGAAGCCAGUUAGGAUCCCUCUCACCAAUAUAUGAUAUGUAAAUUUUGGGUGAUUAGUAGCAUUAUCGAGACACCAUGCUGCAGGUGUUCACCUUCAGUUUCGUGAGUCUUUUAACAUAUUUCGGUGUUAUUAUUAUUUAUGUGAACUACUGUAAUAAAGGUGGGUGUAUCCAUAAUAAUCACUGUAUCGAUUAAUCUUAUAUUAUCUUGCAAGUCUUUGAUGCUUCUUUUUAUCAGAGAACUUUGUUUCAUGCUAACAACAAUCAAGUACUUUCGGA